AUGGGCAAAAAAUCAGCGAGAAGCAUUUCAUUUCAAUUUACAGCAAUCCCCCGAUCACAAAAAAGAUUUUCCAAACCUUACGUCGCAAUGACCACGCAAGAAAACGGCCCAGCUAAGCUAUUGUCUCUACAGCAGCGCUUCAGGGAUAUACACCUGGUAAUAAUUGACGGAUUUAGCGUAAUAUCAUGUGGAAUGCUAUAUUGGAUAGACCAAAGAAUGCGAGAGAUAUGGCCUGAUCAGCGCGAGGUCCGAUUUGGUGGAAGAGAUGCCAUUUUCACGGGAGACAGUGCCCAGUUGGACCCUGUAACCCCUUACUCUCUAGCUACAUCCACAGAUAGAAUACGUGACAAUAUCCAGCGCAAAGGACGCGAAAUUUGGGAGGAAAUUAAAUGCGUAUGCUCGUUAAGCAGUCAACAUAGACCCGGAAUGGUUUGA